GUUUCUUCACUGCGGCGGGUUGUUUGUGUUCGAGCGAGACGUCUUCAACGUGAAACACGCUGUUUUUGAGGUGGAUGUCCGUCGGAUAAUUUCUCAAAGGGUUUUGAUUCUACUUUCCGUUUUAAAAGUGGUUCCUGUAGUUUUGUGACAUGUCUACAACGUGUGCCCGUGAGUACUCCCGGGAUGGGAAGUAUUUCGCUUUCAUCAACAGCCAGGGAAAGCUGGUCGUUUACGACGUUGAAACGAGCAACGUGAAUCAGAUUUAUACUCCGAACCUGCACCUGAAUGUUCCGUGCACCUGCUUCGCUUGGGUUGAAAUCGGUGGUCAGAGCAGUGCCAAGAAAAAGAAGAAAAGAAGCAGUGGAGCAGGAGUGGGCACUCCAUCUCAGACUUGUGUGGUUUUCGGAACAAGUAAGGGAGGAGUGGCACUCUACGGUUUGGCUUCGGCCAACAUCGAGAAGGUGUUCAAAGGCUCUGGACAUUCGGGCCCGAUAGCAGCCAUUUGCGUCGGCGAGGGUGAUUGCCUGUUCACAGCCGGUUCCGACGGAAAGGUGAUCGAAUGGAAUCUGCGCGAAUGCGAGCAAAGGAAGGUUCACAAUUUGGGGGUAGAAAAAUUGAGCUGUUUGGCAGUGAUCGAAGCAGGAUCCACGGUUUUGUCCGGGUCCAAGCAGUUGAAGCUAUGGGAUUUGGAAGAUGGUCAUGCGGUAAAAACAUUCGUAGGCCAUACUUCGAAUACGAUUCUGACGAGGAAAAUAGUCAGCGAGGACGGUCAGGUUUAUGUGCUAACAGGAUCGGUGAACGAUCGGAAUGUUUCAUUGUGGUCAACCGAAGGGGAUGAAAGGGCACCCAUUGGAUUGUUCACACUGGAUGACGCUCCAGAGUAUUUAUCUGCCCGAGUGGUGGGCAAUAAGCUGCAUCUGGUAGCAGUUUCCAGGACCGGUGUAGCACAUUACUUUGUAAAAAGUUUGGACAAAAUCACCAUCAACAAACCACUCAAAGCGAACUACACAUACGAAGUGGCGCUGGAUGUGGCUGGGACAGGUUCGAAAGCCGUUGAUCGGUUACCAAUUGUAACCGCCAGUGUGGAAUUUUCCGCAAACCAGGAACAAAUUCUGGUAGGCUACGGAUCCGAGUUGAGUCUCAAAUUCGAACAAAUCACCAUUGAUAAGGACGUCAAGCAAAAUGUCAUCAUCCGCGAACAAACGAAAGGUCUGCACAAAGAUAAGAGUGAGAAGAACUUGAAGAUGAAAACUCCCUCCGUCGAUAUAUCCACGGCCGAGUUUUUGAAUCCGGUCAAUGCCAGCAAAAAGUCGCUGAAAACAAUUGAAAUUCCGAUGGAAGCUCGUUUGGAGAAUUUGGCCCUGACCUCGGAUGGUGAUUCCAAGUCCGGCCGAAUCAAUCAGAAGAACAUGGUGCACUUGUUGGUGCAAGGCCUCCACAGUAAGGAUGCCGAAAUCCUGCGCAGUGUGUUCAGUAAGAACGAUUUGGAACUGAUACAGCGAACGGCGGAACGACUUCCAGCGCAGUAUGUCAGCAUCCUAUUGAACGAACUGUCUAGUCUGAUGCAGAAGAAAACUGUUCAUGUUGCAACUGCCGUAUGUUGGCUGAAGGCAUUGAUACACAAUCACACCAGUCAGUUAAUGGCACUGGGAUCAGAGAAUCUGUUGUCUAACUUUGGAACCUGCCUGGGAAUAAUUGAAUACCGAGUGGACCACGCCAACUCCCUAUCGAAGCUCAGUGGUCGUCUGGAAUUGCUAGUCAGUCAAAUCGAUCGGACGGAACGAUUGGAUAAGAGUUCAAAUCAAAUUUCGAACGCGCAGGUGCUGAUUCAUCAAGAGGAAGACGACUCGGAUGUGGAUUCGGUUAUCGGUAAGGACCAGGAAGGUUCAUCCGGUGAAGAGUACGACGAUGGCUUGGAAGACGAAGUAGACAACGACGACGACGAGGAUGACCAGGACGCUAUGGCUGGAAGCUUUGUCCGAAUGCGGAAUGGAUCAGCAAAACAGGCCGACGGGAGCUUGUUGAGGCUGAAAGUAAAGGAAGAAAAGUUCAACGAUGGUGAGGAGGAUGAGGAAGACGAGAGCGACGAAGAAAUGGACAUUUCGGAUUAGUGUAGGAUUCAGAUUAGUUUUUUUUGUUAUGUCAUAGAAUGGUUAUUGUAUUUCUACUUACAAUAUACAACUUUAGUAGACGUAAA